GAUAGUGAGUCACUCUAUGUGUUUUGUUUCUCUGUGUAAUUUUGUUCAGUGCUUGUGUUUACAUUUAUAUAAUUAAUAAGUGUUUUCAGACGUGCAUACGCUACAUAUGAUUCCCCUGUUGGAAACUCACUGAACACAAUAGAAAAACAUUGAAUGUAUGGUAACACAGGCCAGCAAGAAAAACGUGCACAUUGGCAAAUCAUGCAUUCACCGGGUUUUCGGCCACCGUGGGUUUGUCAUUGAGCACUCAAGAAAAACAUUGAAUAGGUGGUACCACAGGCCGGCAAAACAAACGUGCACAUUCGCAAAUCAUGCAUUCAGCGGAUUUUCGACCACUAUAAGUCAGGCAGUUUUACAUUGCAUUUUCAUUGAAGACAUUUCCUUCUUGCCACUGUGGAUGUUAUUUGGUUUGUCAAUAGAGAGCAAGGCGCUUUUAUAUUUUUUUUCACAUAUAGAAUUCUUUUAUUACAUUGAACACUCCGGAACUUUUAUAUUGGAUUUUCUUUGAAGACAAUUAUUUCUUGACACUGUGUAUGAUAUUUUGGAUAAUGGAGAGGAAGGUUUUUUUUGGUGGUUUUUUUUGUACAUAGACAAUUAUUUUGUUACAUCUGUUUUGAUUGUUUUGCUAACAAACAAUCAUAAUAUUCUACACUAAAAAUGGCAAGGCAGAUUAGCAAACGGCGGCGUAAACGUAGGAAAUUUAAUGGACCAAGAGGUAGACACAGUGCUUAUGCCAAAAAGCGGUAUCAAGCUGCAGACGCUUCAAUCCACCAACGCUUGCGUCACAUUCUAAAUGAGGGGAAACCAAGGCCUUAUAAGAUCUGUCGAAUGACGACUAUUGUUGAUGGACAGCCAACACUGAAAUUUUUUGUGAAACGUCUUAACCCUACAACCACUCCUGGACUUCGUGCUGUACCGCAACGUAAACCUGGCAUCCACAUCCAUAAAGUUGAUACUUUUGAUUGUGACGGUUACAGAGUAUUUCACCUUGGAAAUUUACACAAACACCUUUUGACAUUGAUGCGCCAUGCAUCCACUUGUGGUAUCAUAUCUGCUAUGUUGGAUGAUGAUCAUGAUCUCCUAUCUAUUCUUGGAGAGAGGAAUGUUUGUGGCCUGGCUGGAGAACUAAUGCUGAGAUGUGCUUGUGGUCACCGGUUUAACUUUGAAAGCAGCCCAGUUGUUAACCUCACAGAUGACAAGACACACCAUGAUGUAAAUCUUCGUGCGGUAUGGGGUACCAUGGUAUCGGGUAGAGGUGCGUCAUCUCUUGGAGAAACCUGUGCUACCUUGAAUUUACCAGUGAUACCGCAGCGCAAGUUUUCGGCUAUUGAGAGUGAUAUUGGGGACUUAUGGAAUGAUUGCCUCAAAGAGGACAUGAUAGCUGCUGCUGCAGAGGAACGGGAGCUGGCCGUUCAAAGUGGAGAUUUUCAUGAUGGUGUGCCAGCCAUAACGGUGAUUUGUGACGGAGGAUGGUCGAAGCGUAGCCAUAAACAUUCUUAUAAUGCUCUUGGAGGGGUAGGCAUUAUCUUUGGUGCUAGAACAGGUAAAAUUCUACACAUUGGUGUCAGAAACAAGCACUGUUACAUUUGUGCUUUGUCAGAAACCAGGAAAACCACUCCCCCUAGCCACACCUGUUUUAGGAAUUGGACAGAGAGUAGUCAGGCUAUGGAAGCGGAUAUCAUUCUUGAUGGGUUUUUGAAUGCAGAGAAGUUAUAUGGCCUACGCUACAUGCGGAUGAUUGCUGAUGGUGACAGUUCCGUGUUUGCAAGGAUCCAGCAGUCAGUUCCAAUUUGGGGUAGGCAUGUUAUAAAGAUGGAAUGUUCAAAUCAUGUGUGCAAGUGUCUUCGGUCCAGUUUGGAAAAAUUAGUGUUUGACAAACCACAUUACAAGGGAAGUGGAGGACUGACCAAGAUGAUACGAGUCAGACUGACAACUGCUGUCCGGUGUGCUAUUCGUAUGCGGUCAAAAGAAGCGUGUAAGAGGACAGCCACUCAAAAAUUGGACCAUGACAUCCGUAACUCUGUACACCACAUAUUUGGAGAUCAUACGAGAUGUACCGACUUCUGCAAGUUCACCGGUGUGCCAUCAUCAGCAACUUCAACAUCCAAUUUAGGUAAGGACACUUCCAUGACUUCUUCUCCUGAUGAAAAUACAGAAGAUGUUGACCAUGUUCUUCAUGAGCAGCAGAUGUUCUGGACUGAGGGUACAUCGGACAAAGACAUUGAAAACAGCCGCUAUGGAUGUACAUCAGUUGGAAAUGUUGACAAGGACAUGCUAUCAGACAUAAGCGUUCUGUUGGACCGGGUAGCAGCUAAGAGCAGCCGACUUAUUGGAAACUUUACCACCAAUCUAGCUGAAAGUUGGAUGUCAAUACGGAUGAAAUUCGAUGGAGGUAAAGUUUUUAAUAGGUGUAACAGAGGAUCCUGGCAUGCCCGUUGUUAUGGUGGAGCUCUGCGCAAGAACUUCGGUCCUGCAUGGUCACCUAUCAUAUGGCAUCGUACUACUGGUGUAAGACCAGGUCGCUCAUUCACUUCGCUAUAUCGCCAACGAUCACUCCAGCUCUUCAACAGUCUGAAGUCUCAAAAGAAGGAAGAGGUGAAAGCGAGAAAGAGAACAAAGAAGAUGGCGUCCUCGGCACAGAGUAAUAGCAAGAAGGCCAAACGGGAAUAUGGACAGUCUUCACUUGAUGUUUUGGAUGAUGUGCCAGCACAUGUGUUGAAAACCAAGUGUGAGGAAUUCUUGAAAAGCUCUGUGGAAGUAGCAGAUCAACAGUGCCAGCAUGUUCAACUGACGACCCAGAAUCAAAGUUACUCUGUGACAUGGAAAGAACAGCGUCGAAUAAGACUAACUGCCUCUAACUUUGGAGAUGUAUUCCAUAGGAAUCGAAAUAAGUCGGUCAUUCCGCUGGUAAAGCGCCUUCUGUAUUCCUCUUUCUGUGGCACACAGUACACUAGGUAUGGGUUAAUGGCAGAAGCAGACACCAUCCGCGAAUAUAUUCAGAAGAAGGCGGAGUGUGACGAAACUGUCAGUGUGCAGAAAAUGGGACUGUCUAUAGACCUUGACCACAAAUUCUUAGCUGCCAGCUGUGAUGGUAAGGUUGUUUUGCCAGAUGGUUCUUGUGGCAUUAUUGAGAUAAAGAAUCUUCUCCAACGCAACAAAUUCCUGUUUGCGGAUGCUGCAAAAAAGAUGAAAAGUUUCUGUUGCGAGAACAUCAAUGGCUCAUUGAAAUUAAAAGAAAAUCACAACUACUACUUUCAAGUACAGGGUCAAUUGAAUGUCACUAAAUUGCCCUGGUGUGAUUUUAUUAUCCGACGUACACAGCCAUACCAAAUGCAUGUGGAGAGGAUAUACAGAGAUGAACGUCUGUGGGAAAACAAGAUGUUACCAAAGCUUUCUGCGUUUUACAGGAAAUGUAUCUUGCCGGAGAUUGUGUUGCCUCGCCAUAAUACCAGCACAGGGAUCCGAGAACCUCAAUUACCAUGGUUUGUCCCAGUGGAGCAAACAGUUGUCAAGAGUGUUAGAAGGACAACAAAAGUAAACACCACAACUCCAACCUGUUCAGUUCAAGGAAAUCCAAAGUGUGCAUCAUCCAAAGCAGGUGAAAGUGAAGAUCCAGUCGCACAAACAACUAGGAGGAGGAGGAGGACGUGUACAAAGUUUGUUGGUCGUCGUAUUCAGCAUGAAUGGUGUGUGGACGAAGCUACAGGUGAAACAAAGUGGUACAUAGGGACUGUUCUGGAGGUAAUAAAAGGUAAAGACGGUCAUCCUUCUGCUAUAUAUGAGAUACUUUAUGAUGGAGAAGAUGAACCUCAACAAGUAGACAAUCUACACGAGGAUUUGAAUGGUGGAUCUGUGAAAUUCGUGGAUCUUUAGACAGGAAUUACAUGACAUCCGGUGAUGGUAUUGGGAAGAUUUGCAGUUGAUACCACAAGUAAAGUUGAAAUACAGUACCCCAACAUUACAGGAAUUAAUCAGUGAACAAUCCACACAAUAUUAAGGAGCCUUAGGAAGCCAGAAUAAGAAAGAAACACUAAGAUUUACCACUGUAGCUGCGCACAAAGUGUACUGAAUUAAAAACAUACACUUUCUGUGUAUGGUGGCAGCCAUUUUGCCCGGAUGAAAUACCUUAAC